UUUUUUACACCAAUGAUUGUCGUCUCGCCUUUUUGACGAGUCAACGAGAGCGAAGGUGCCUUCAACGCAAUCGCGACUUUUGUCUUAUCACAGGGCUGACACACUACGGUACACGCCACGCUUUCAUUGCGCAGCUCGCAGCCUCCAAGCAGUGGUAGUGCGCCGUCGCGAUCAAUGAGCGAGACGGAGGUGUCACACAAACGCGAAUUCCUCUGCUGCAAGUCCUUUACGACGACACGUCGUUCGAACCUGCACAGCACUGCCGUUGCUCGUGUUCGUAGGGAUAGACUCGCUUGAAGAAGGGCACGAGCCCGAGGACAAUUUCCAGUGAUCGCUGCAGUGUUGCGUUGGCAGUACGACUAGAAGCGAUCGUUGCAACAGUGCUUCCAUUCUUCUUCGACGAGCCUCCAGCGGGAUGGCCGAGGACUCUACGUGGCUGACGACGCGCACGCUGUUCGGCUUCGGCGGUGCCUUCGACUGGCGGCCCACGUCUUUCUUGGAGCCCCUGUCGCCCGAGAGAGUGUGUAGCUACUGCGGGCUCGUCAGCAAGUGGACGGCGCUGCUUCCCUGUUGUCACACUGCCUGCACUCGCUGCUACAACAAAUUCGACCGAUGCGGUCGCACUUGCCUGCUGGACAGAUCGCCGUUCGCCGGUCGUCACGUCUACUGGGCCUCCUUUCCUGACGAACACCUCGCUGAGCUCAGUAUACGCUGCUGGAACGCUGACAAGGGCUGUGACAUCGUCGGACCUGCGUUUUCUACAAUGGCGCAUUUCCAAAUGGAGUGCGAGUACCACGCGCUCGACUGCAACUUCUGCGGCAAGACUGUACUGCUACGAGAGUUGGACCAGCACAUGGCAUCAAGCUGCCUUCAACCUUACCCGCUAAACUGCAGGACGAAAGACAACGUGGAUGCUCAACACGAAGCACCGAGUGAUUCCACAAGAAUACCGUGCGAUUCAUCAAAAUUCAAUGGGAAUGGCCCCGCAACCGCACCAUCAUCGUACGAAAAUGACACUGGUCAGCCUGUGGGAAAUGGGAGACCUAUAACGAAGGAGCUUGGGAGACGCCUUCGCAAGAAGAGAACCUUCCCUGUCGCAUAUAGACGUAACAAAGCAAGCUCCAAAAGUGUCCGCAACUCCGUGCGAGUAAUCGUAGUCGGCGACGAGGAGGGUGCUGCCCGUUCGGGUGGUGCGGACGACGUUGUUCGCGAAAGGCACUCCAUAGCCAAUGAGUCCUGCCCGCGCACGAAGUGUGCUAGCGCGGAAAGAAAUCGGGAAGAGGUGAAACAGCUCGAGCAAUGCGGCCUCUCGGCGAGCAUCGCCAGGGAAGAAAAUCCGCAUGUUGAUAGUUGUGACACCGCCGACGGUGAUUUUUAUGCUAUCGGGGAGGCGUUGGGACACUUUCUUCGCUGCCGGUGGGAAAGCAUCCUGAGUGUAAACGGUCGGUACGAGGACUACGUGUACAGACCAGGCUACGCGCCGCCUCGCUGGUGUACGGAUGCCGGAAGAGAAGCUACGGAUGUUAUAAACACCCCGACAACCUCAUUGCUGACAAAUGGGGCUGAAAGUAAGCAAGUUUGGUCAACAUCCCCUGGAGACGAACCUGGCGAAGACGAGGAAGAGAAGCGUGGCAGUUCAGGAGUUAAAGAGGCGUCCAGCGCUGGCAGGGUGUCGAAUGAAAUCGCAAUGGACUGCAAUGGCAGCUUGCUGCUCUUACGCCAGGACGUGAUGCACCGCAACCAUGAAAUAAACGGAGAAACAUUGAAGCAAUUCAUCGAAGACGUCAACGAAGAUGCCUCACCUGCGCUCACUGCGAGAUCGAAAACGGUUAGCAGGUUGCAGACGACGAAGCAGGAGCAUUCGAACGGCUGGGAUCCGCAGUGCGAAGAGGCGGAGGAGACAUCGCGACACGCUAUUUGCAAUCGUGCUAAAGCAAUCGAGGACUCCCAAGAUCCCAAGAGAAUUUCGAAGCCUGUUCGCUGGAACGUCGAAAAUUGGUCUGCUCUGAAGGCCAAAGCGCUGGCCGACGGCGUAGCCUACUCACGCUGCUCCAGACAUACUUGCUCGUUCUACGGGUACAAGAUUACUCCCGCAUUGCUGAUUGAAAGUUCAGGGGAUUUACUUCUGGUGCGACUGGCUGUUUUUGUGCUCAAGGGAGCAUACGACGAUUCCCUGGUGUGGCCCAUCAAGAAAAAAAUGGUGUUGACCUUCAUGCACCCGGCGGACAAGAGCAGGAGGCUGACGCUGAACGUGAACACGACCGUUGACGGCAGAAGCGAGGACUACAUGCCACCGAAGGACAAUGAGACAGGGCCCAUAUUGAGCCCGGCAAGCAUUAUCGCGACGCACUUGGAGGAGAAGGGGCACAUCGUAGAUGAUAAGGUAGUGUUGAAAUUUAGAGUCAUGGAGGUGCCCAGCAGCAAAAGACAAGACUGAAGGGAAGGAGGCUUCGCGUGAUUCAGCUUUUUGUGACUGAAUAAAGAGUGCUUUUAGCAAGA